CAUCGGGAAGGGGGGGCGUGUCGGUGUCGCCUCGGAGCGAGAGGCAAAGCAGAUAAGGCUCGACGACCCCCCAUGGCGGCCUUCAACACCGCCACCGCGGCCGCGGUGCUGGCCUCGCCGACACCGUGCCGCCCCUCCGCCCUCGCCGCGCGCCUGCCGGCGGCGCGGUGGGCGCCGCUCCGCUGCUCGCCGCCGACCCUUGGCCUCAGGCGUGGGACCACCGGGCCUUCUAGGCGGGGUUCAGCCGCGCUCCGGGUGGAAGCUAAGAAGCAAACAUUUUCUUCAUUUGAUGAGUUGCUGGAGAAGUCUGAGAAGCCUUUACUAGUUGACUUCUAUGCAACUUGGUGUGGUCCAUGCCAAUACAUGGUUCCCAUACUUCAAGAAGUGAGUGAAAAGUUAAGCGACAAGAUUCAAGUUGUGAAAAUUGAUACUGAGAAGUACACAAGCAUUGCAAAUCGUUACAGAAUUGAAGCAUUGCCAACUUUUAUCAUCUUCAAGAACGGGAAACCUUGCCAUCGUUUUGAGGGAGCAUUGCCUGCUAACCAGCUGAUUGAACAGAUUGAGAAUGUUUUGGCGGUCACUGAGUAGCACACAUGAUGAGACUUGGUUAAAUCCAAACUUGCGUUGUAUAAAAUAAACGCAAUUGGCUGAGGACACACUUCUAAGUGGCGCUGCUGGAUAUCUUCUAGUUAUAGUAUAACUAUUUGUAUGAUCUUGUGAUUUUUGGUAUAUGCUCUUGGUCAGUAUUUGGUCGUUGCUUAUGCAUGAUCUCAGUCUCUCAUCAGUCAUCACCUAAAGGCAUAAGCUGAGUACUGCAUGUGAAGGAUCGUUGUGUUCAUUACGAGUGUCCUAUUUGUUCUGCAGUACUGUGGCGAUGGUAAUGACGAGUGAUAUGAUUUGAGGGCCACUCGUCUCGUCCUGGUGGAAAGAAGCUAUCGUUCUGAUCAUGAAGAAUCUGAAAUGAGGAUAAGAGUAACGGCGCAUUUUCUUUUCAGUUUUCACACAAGAUGCACAUUUUUUUUGUUUAAAGAAACAAAUGGGAUGUACAUUAUUCUUUGACACUGAAUGAAGAAGGAAUGGAAUUGAUGUCGUCAUUUCUUGAUAGCAA